GCCGCCCGGCUCCUCGGCGGCGGCCGGGGCGGAGCGGAGCGGAGCGGUGUGCGCGGCCCGGGCGGGGCCGCUGCCGCCCCCGCGGCAGGUGCCGAGGCGCAGCAUGGCCCAGCGGGGCGGGGGGCUGCGGCCGCGGGCGCUGGCGGAGCGGGCGGCCGACCUGCGGAACAAGAUCGUGGACCGGUGCGAGCAGCUCCAGCUGCAGAGCGCUACCAUCGCCCGGCAUGUGGACGAGGUGCUGCCUGCCAAGGACCAGAGUGUCCUGAACGCAGCCAACGCGGCACGGGAGCUGGUAAUCCAGAGGCUGAUCUUCGUGGGGAAUGCGUGUGAAAAUGAAGAACAGCGGUUGCUGGAGAAGGUGCACGCGGAGGAGGAGCGGGCGCACCAGAGCAUCCUGACCCAGCGGGUGCAUUGGACUGAGGCUUUGCAGAAGCUGGCUGCCCUCCGAACCUACCUGGUGGACAUGAUCACCAACCUGGAUGACCAGGGCUUGGUGCAUGCAGAACAAGACAUCUUUGAGAGGACAGAGGUGGCGGAAGGAAUCUUAGAGCCACAGGAGUCCCCGAAGUUAAACUUUAAUCAGACCUGUGUUCAGAGUCCACUGCUGCAUCGACUAUGGGCCUCCGCUGUUCUCUGCUGCAUUGCAGGCUCAAAGGAGAUUCACAUUGAUGAGAAAACUGUCAGCCCCCACCUCAGCCUGUUGGAAGACAAGAAAACCCUGACCUUCAGCCCCAAGAAAGCAAAGGUGGACUUGGACUGCCCCGAGCGGUUUGACCACUGGCCCAAUGCUUUGGCUACUGCGGCUUUCCACUCGGGAGUCUGCGCGUGGAAGAUCAGCGUGGAGAAGAGCUGUGCCUACAAGCUGGGGGUUUGCUACAGCUCCCUGCCGCGGAAGGGGUCUGGCAAUGAAGCCCGCCUGGGCUUCAACACCGUCUCCUGGGUCUUCUCACGCUAUGACAAGGAGUUCAGGUUCCUGCACGCUGGGCACCCGCAGGUGGUGGAGCUGAUCAAGUCUCCGGCUGAGAUCGGGGUGCUGGUUGACUUUGCAGGAGGGGAAGUGCUCUUUUACGACCCCGAUUCCUGCACCAUCCUCUUCUCCCACAGGGAGACCUUCACAGAGCCCCUCUAUCCUGUCUUUGCUGUGGCACACCAGAGCAUCUCGCUUGUCCAGUGAGUGAAGCAUUGUGCUUACUGGGGCAGGUGAAUAUACAGCUGUAUAUACAGUGACUGUAUAUACGCUAUACAGUACCUUUAUGGGGGAAAGGAGCCCAGACAGGGCUACUGGCUUUUGUACAGUGGUGUUCAGACAAGACCUGCCUUCAGACUA